CCAAUUCAUCGACCCCAGUUCCCAAAUAAUACACAUAUACACCUAUUCCAAAUUCUGUUUGUGUAGAGUGCAGACAGCACAAACCCUUUGCAAUUCAACACCAACCUCGCCUGUAUUUUGAAGGCGGUUUCCUGUCUUCCAGCUGAUGGAUGAGAACCGUCCCCGACCCCAAGAAAUUGAUUUUUAUCUUUCUCCGGCUACUCUUGCCAUCGUUGGUAUUCUAUCGGCCAUCCUCGUGCUCACAAUUUACCAUUGCAUUACCGUCGGUUGGUGCAAUCAGCGGCAGACUACUUCAGCAGGCUCAGAACGGCGACGAGAGGUUUUCCGUGCAGAACAAGAAGAGACGACUAAUAGCGUAGGGAGUCGUAUGAUACAAAUCAUCCCGGCUCAAAGGUAUACCAAAGAGGUGAGGGAAGACGGGACGUGUGCGGUGUGCCUAUGCGAAUUCAUGGAGGGUGAGGAGGUUCGGAUAUUGCCUCAGUGUAUGCAUUCAUUUCAUGUACCCUGUAUCGACAUGUGGCUCUACUCCCAUUCAAAUUGUCCACUCUGUCGCAACCACAUAGUGCGGCCUCAGCUGGAAUCCGAGAUAUUACCACUGCCGGAUGCACAGAGGGUGCCGGAUUUUGGUGAACGGUCUACAGCAUUAUGACAAUGGUGGCAUGGUGCGUGUGUCGACGGUCAACCUACCUUAUCUCUCUUUUUCUCUCUCCCUAUAAU